AUGUGGAAAAUGUUUACGCUCAACGGAACUUACAAAUGGGUGGAUGAGUUGCCGCGACUCGUGUCGGAUUACAACGCGCGCAAGCAUCAAACGAUCAGUAUGCGACCCGUCGACGUUACUCCCGCGAUCGAAAGACUCUUGGCUACGGUGUACAGCGCGAUAAAGAUAGCGGGUCCGACAAAGUUCAAAGUAAAUGAUUCGGUACACAUUAACAAAUACAAGACGAUUUUCGAGAAAGGUUAUACACCGAAUUGGACCACCGAAGUGUUUAAGAUUAUUAAAGUGCAGCAUCCUAAUCCCGUAACUUAUCUAUUCGAGGAUUAUCGUAAGAAAUCUGUCGCUAGAGCAUUCUACGAGCAUGAGUUGCAUCGCGUAAAUUAUCCGGACGUGUAUCUCGUAAAAAAAGUACUGUGUAAGAGAGGUGACGAGGUUUACGUGAAAUGGUUGGGAUUCGAUGGAUCGCACAAUUCUUGGAUACACAAGAACAAUAUAAUGUAA